CCCAGGGGCGGUGGUGCAGCGCUUUGAGUCAAGGCAGCACGCGGUGGACGCGGAGGGCGUUGCCAUCUACCUGCGGGCGCUCGUCGCCACCGACCGCCUCUCCUCCUUCCUCCCCUCCUCCGACAACGCCCGCCCCGCCUCCCUCCCCUUGCUCCUGGAGGAUCUGAAGCAGCGCGCCACGUCAGAAGAGGGCCAGCUGGGGCUGCCGCCCGGCACGACGGCGCACACGCCCCUGCACGUGGUGAUGGUGGAGAGGGAGGUGAAGCCGCUGUCACGCGGGCUGCGUGUGCUGCAGGAGCUGCUCUCUGCACUGCUCGCCUGCUUCUUCGGCCUCCUCCUCUGGGCGGCAGCAACGACGGCGUUGAGGCGCUACGCCAGUGGCGUCGCCGGCAUGGGAGGAGGGGGGAUGGCGGGGGGCCCAGCAGCAGGCAUGGGGGGGGCCGGGGCGGGAGUGUACUCGCCCAAGGAGUACAACAAGGAGAACAUGCCUGAGAAGAGUGUGCGCACGUUCAAGGACGUGAGGGGGUGUGACGAGGCGAAGGCGGAGUUGGAGGAGAUCGUGGAGUAUCUGCGCGCCCCCGACCGCUUCACCCGCCUCGGUGGCAAGCUGCCUAAGGGGGUGCUGCUGAUCGGCCCACCAGGGACGGGCAAGACACUACUCGCCAAGGCCAUAGCGGGCGAGGCGGGCGUGCCCUUCUUCUACCGCGCCGGCUCCGAGUUCGAAGAGAUGUUUGUGGGAGUGGGAGCAAGGAGGGUGCGUACCUUGUUUCAAGCGGCCAAGAAGAAGGCGCCGUGCAUAGUGUUCAUUGAUGAGAUAGACGCGGUGGGGGGCAGUCGCAAGCAGUGGGAGGGGCACAGCAAGAAGACGCUCAACCAGCUGCUAGUCGAGAUGGACGGCUUUGAGCCCAACGAGGGAAUAAUAGUGAUGGCGGCCACCAACGUGCCGGACAUGCUCGACCCCGCCCUCACCCGCCCCGGCCGCUUCGACCGCCACGUGGUGGUGCAGGCACCGGACGUGAGGGGGAGGAGGGAGAUCCUGGAGCUGUACUUGGAGGGCAAGCCGCUGCACGCCGACGUGGACGUCGCCACGCUCGCCAAGGGCACUCCCGGCUUCAGCGGGGCAGACCUGGCGAAUCUGGUGAACAUGGCGGCGGUGAAGGCGGCGCUGGACGGCGUGGCGGCGGUGGGGCGGGAGCAGCUGGAGUUCGCCAAAGACAAGAUCCUCAUGGGCGCUGAACGCCGCUCCCUCGUGCUCUCACAGGCUUGCCGUAAGAACACGGCAUACCACGAGAGUGGGCAUGCGCUGGUGGCGUUGUACACAGCGCACGCGCUGCCCAUCCACAAGGCCACCAUCAUGCCAAGGGGGGCCGCGCUGGGCAUGGUCACACAGAUGCCGGAUGAGGACUUUGAGACGAGCCGCACACGUGCGCAGAUGCUGGCGCGGCUGGACGUGUGCAUGGGGGGGCGCGUGGCGGAGGAGGUGGUGUUUGGCGCGCAGCACGUCACCAGCGGGGCCAGGGACGACCUCAGGCAGGCCACCAGGUUGGCGCGGCAGAUGGUGCGCGAGUGUGGCAUGAGCGACAAGCUGGGGCCCGUGUUCAUUGAGGGCGACGGCGCGGGGGAGGGGCGCGUGAGCAGCGAGGUGCUGCGCGUGGCAGAUGCUGAGGUGUCACGGCUGCUCAGGGAGGCGUACGGCCGCGUCACCACCCUCCUGAAGCAGCACGAGCAGCAGCUGCAUGUGCUGGCAGCAGCGCUGUUGGAGCGAGAGACAAUGACAGCAGAGGACAUCAAGAAGCUCCUCGCCGCUCCUGCCACUUCCCUCUCCCCCGCCGCCGCUGCUUCUAAUGCCGAUCAUCUUUCCAGGCCACUCACCCCAGCAGACCUCCAAGCACUUCCAUCUGCUCUGUCUGCAGCGCCUGCUGCUUUCACCGCUGCCUCACCUCCCUCUCACGACUCUGCUGCACCCGUGCCUGGCUUGGCCUCCCCUGCUGCAUGCUGA